AUGUUGAAGCAGAAAACUGCCGCACCGGCUGAUGGUGACCAAUUCCCUUUAUCUAAAUUCCACCUGCCUUCCGCUCUGGGCAACGUUCUAUGGCACGAACUGCAACUCUGCUAUGGAUUUGUGCGUCGAGAUUUGGGCACGGGACUUCUUCCUGUUCCUGGGUUUGCAUUGGCAUCUUUACUCUAUCGAAAGGCCUCAACGGAGGAGAUCUAUCGCGUGAUUCCAUACGCCUUCCUAUAUGGCUUCUUAUAUCUAUACACAUUUGUGGUCGCCAACCAAAUCGACGGCGUCGCCGAAGACAAAGUCAACAAACCAGAUCGUCCCAUCGCCAGCGGCGCAACAACACUGCAAGCCGCUAAAAUCCGCUGGGUAGCUUUAACCAGUAUCUAUCUAGCAUACAGCUAUACUCUCGGGGUUGAGAAACCGACCAUGCUAUGGAUUGCAACAACCAUUGCGCACAAUUUCCUAGGCUUUGCGAAUUUCGGUCCCACAAAAGAUGGGUGUAUGGGUGCUGGGUGCAUUGCACAGUUGACGGCAGCGUGGGCAAUUGGUGGCUCACAGUCGGAAAUGGGUUGGGAAUGGAUUAAGUAUAUUACUUUGUAUAUGCUGUGGCCGAUUCCGUUGCAGGACUUGAGAGAUGUACCUGGGGACAAGGCUGUUGGACGGCUGACGACGCCGAUUUUGUUGGGUGACACUCUUUCCCGUAUUUAUAUUUCGGCUGGAAUAAUCACCUCUCAGUACCUUCUCGUGCGACAUCGAAUCCUUGAGUACAGAUACGACGUCUCGACUAUCGUUCUCAGUGUGCUUCUUGCUAUCAUGAGUCUGGCAGUCGUGUUCAUUAAGCAGCCUUCCAAACUUGGAUGGUCAGGUAUAUAG